AUGGCCAUGGUCAAAAGGAAAGCAACCCCCAAGACCGAAAAAUCGAAGGAAUACUGCGACUACCACUGUUUCAAUGGGCACCCAACCGAGAAGUGCAAGAACUUGAAGAUAAUGGUCCAAAAGCUUAUCGACAACGGAGAACUGAAGCAAUACAUAAGGAAGGAAGAAGCAUAUGACAGGUCGAAACGAAGCAAACAAGUUCAACUGCCUGAAGGCAAUCGAACACUAAACACCAUUUCGUGUUCGGAAGCCGCUGGACCAUGGUUAACAGCACAGAUUGGAAAAAGGCUGAGAAAGCAAUUCGAAGACUACUGCGAGCUGUACAAGAUCGAUGGGGUAGAUAUAGACGAUCACGAGCAAUGGAUGGAUGCACCAAUCACUUUUGAGGCAGAUGAUGUGGAGGAAGACAUGGAGGAUCAGAAUGAUCCUUUGAUCCUCACACUUCCCAUAGCAGGGUGCAACAUCAAGAAGAUCCUCAUUGACGAAGGAAGUUCAGUCAACGUCUUGUUCUAUGAUACGUUCAAACGAAUGGAGCUAGACGACGAGCAGCUGAUAUCUCCGUACCACACAAUUUAUGGAUUCAACGGGGCUCCUACGAAACCAUUGGGGGACAUUGUUCUACAAAUAAAUGCAGGACCGAUGAAGAUAGACACCCGUUUCAGCGUGGUAGACGCUCCUCCCCCCUACAAUGCUAUCAUCGGACGAAUAUGGGUACACAAGCUCAAGGGGAUAGCAUCAACUUAUCACCAGUGUCUUCGAUUCCCAUCACCCGAAGGGAUAAUGGAUAUCAAGGGUGACCAGGUCACUGCUCGGGAAUGCCAAGCUAUGCAAAACCAGCUCAAUAAUGAGCUAAAUGAGCAACGAAAAUCCCGCAGAAGCCGGAACAAGGAAGCUGCCAAAGAAAAAGCCAUUGAUUUGUACCUCGAAGGAAUCGCAGAAAAAAGCCUGACGAAGGGGGGAGACGUCCAAUGCGCUGAGGCAAGUACCUCAGCGGCCAAGACGACAGAGGAGCCUACCAAAUAG